AUGGGUUUUCCUCAUAGAAAAUUUUCGUUAGAAGUUAAAAUUCUUAAACCUCAUAAGGUCGAUCAUGAGUGCGAGAACAGAUAUGUUGGGUUAACUCCACCUCCAGUUUCACCUAGCUCAAAGCAUCAAAUGCCCACCAUUUCAACUCCAUCUACAGUUUCUCCUAGCUUAAAGCAUCAAAUGUCCCCCAUUUUGAUUCUUAUGCUUUGUAUUCUUGCGGCUGCUUUUGUGUUUCUCGUCUAUCUCACAAUCCGUAGAUACCUUUGGAAUUUGAGAAAUUCUAGGAGGAGAAAUUCACAAACUGUAGAGAAUGCUAACAAUCGGGAGGAUUUUCUUGAUGAGAAUCAGGAGCCAGUGGUGGAUCAUCCCAUAUGGUAUAUUCGUACUGUUGGGCUUCAACAAUCAAUAAUUGAUUCUAUUGCGGUGUUUAAGUAUGAAAAAGACCGGGGUUUGAUUGAAGGGACCGACUGUUCUGUUUGUUUGAAUGAGUUUCAAGAAGAAGAGAAUCUUAGGCUUUUGCCAAAGUGUAGCCAUGCUUUUCAUGUACCUUGUAUAGAUACUUGGUUAAGAUCCCAUCAAAAUUGUCCCGUUUGUCGCGCUCCAAUAGUCAGCAAUACGAAUUCAGCUCCGGUGAGCUCGGUGUUAACAAACUUAAAUGAUUUAGCUUCGAGGGAAGAGGCUCAAAUGGAUAGUGAAGUGGAUCAACGCGUAAUGGAAACAGAUGAAACUAGGGAAAUGAGGGUUGGGAUCGAAAAUGGAUCAUCAAUACAAAUUGAAGAUGGAAAAGUGGCUGACUGUUUGCAAAAGAACUCAUUUCGUCCCAAUCUGAGGAACAGCAAGCUACGAGUACUAAGUGAUUCGGUUGAUAAUCGGAUGAAGUUAGAUGAGGAAUUGCAACCCGUUAGGAGAUCGAUAUCAAUGGAUUUUUCUUCUGCUUCAAUGAUUUAUAAUGCGGUGGUUGACAUUCAGGCGAAAAAAGAUGAAGGGUGUUCAGAUACUAGACUGGCAAUUGUGGAGAAGCAAAAUUCAGAUAUGAAUGCAAAGAGGAGCAGAAAUUCAAGCAUAUACAGGCUAAUAAAGAGUGCUUCAUUUGGGCGUUGCCUGCAGAAAGGGCCUAUUCCAAUGAAGAGGUCAUCUUCGUAUAUUGCCAAGCACUCCCUGAGAAAGUACAGUGCAAGCCAGGAUUCAAUCCAAACUCAGGCAUGA